GAACCUUCGAACAACCAAGACGAACGUAGAUGACGAUUCCGAAGAUGAUGAUGAUGAUGAUGAUGAUGAUGAUGAUAAUGGGUGUGGGCGUUGGUGUGGGCAUUGCAACUGAUAUGGAAGUGGGUUCUGGCCCUCCUAGGCGUGCUGACGAUGGCGUGGGCGUUGCAGCUGAUAUGAAAGUGGGUUCUGGCCCUCAUAGGCGUGCUGACGAUGAUGUGAGGUUAAGAUGGGAGGAGGAGGACGUGUUAGGUGAUGUGUUCCGUCAAUCGUCUACGUGUACCUCCCCUGUGUCUAUUACUAUGGCACCAGGGACUAGAGCCAUCGUCGAGUCCCCUAACUUCCCCAUGAACUACCCUACUAAGACGAGGUGUCAAUGGCAGGUUACCUGUGGUCCCAAGGUUUCUAAUUACCUCAAGAUGAAUUGCCGCAUGUUCAAGUUGGAGUCCUCAACUGGCUGCCUUCACGAUCGUCUUAUUGUAACUUCCAAAGGAGCUUCAAAGACGCACUGUGGCACCGACUCCCCGAAUGGUACCGUCACCAAGGAAGGCUGGGCGAGAUUUACCUUCUCCAGUAACGGUAACAAAGUCGAGAAAGGUUUCCGCUGUUUCAUCUGGUGCUUCCCCCAUCCUACCACGACUACCACGACUACCACGCCUACCACGACUACCAUGAUUACCACGACUGCUACUGCUACAAGUUAGGUGACUGGUCUGAAGUAGGCUAUGACAAACACAACUUCUGGUGUUUACUACUAAAAUCAGUAGUACACUUGCUGAACACAACUACCACCACUAUUAACAUUAUCGCAUUUCAACACUUACUCCCACAACUACCACCACCUUGAACACCAACACCACUUUAGCCAGCACCACUAUACUUACUAUAGCCAUCACCAUUUGAUGAUCUAUUUAGAACUGCUUCCUCAAUUUUCAUGUUAUGGACUAAAACUAAUAAUAUCUCUCUCUCUCUAGUUGUCUCUUUACUUUUCUAAUUCCGUGUCUGACUCUUUGUUUCUCUCUCUCUCUUUCUAGUUACCUGUCUCUGAUUUUUCUUUAUUUUUCUGUCAGUGAAUUUAUCUCUAUCUCUCGCUUUUCCUAUUUUUCUAUUUCGGUCUUUCUCUUUCAUUCUCUCUCUCUCUCCAUCAUUUCUAUAAUAUUACGUUAUUAUAUUUAGAAAAUUCUGUAAUAUCAUUCCUACCAUAAUUUACCAUACCAUACAGGGAAAAAGGGAGGGACAUACAAAAUUACCUCUGCCCGUCUCUCCAUUCGUCCGAACAAUUUUAUGGGUCGGAAAGAAUUUUGGUGGACAGAUUCAAAUCCUUAUUAUUUCGGCUCACUUCGAUCAAUAGCUGUCUAUGUGAUUAUAUGCCAAAUUUAUAGCUUCUGUUUCAUAUAAAAGCUUAGAUGUGGAAACAUUAUGGAAACUGAGUCAUGGGCACUGUUUCAUGUAGAAGGUUUAACUGGAGUAAACAUCAGCUACAGGAAGUAAGUAGUUAAUGAGGCAGAGUAUGUGUAAUCGCUCAUAGGAGCGAUUUUGGGUUGUGCAGGACAAUAAGACCCUUGUCGUUGACGCGAUGAGCAUAAUU